GGCCUGCCUGUUGUUUUUCACCUGUGGUUUCACUCUUCUGUGGCGUUUAUUUAAAAGUCCAUUUUUGUAUGAUUUUUAUUUUUAUACCUUUUUCCACAGAACUGUUUUGUUUAAUAUUAUUUUAUUUAUUAGAUAUUUAAAAAUUGUUAUCAGGUACAUAACGUACAUAAAUAGUUUGAAGUUGCACUCAAGUCCAAAGGUUUAGUGGCUUUAAAAGCAUUACACGAACAAAGCAAAUGUUAACUACUUUGGCUGUUAAAACUGCCUCUGGAGGUCUAUUUUCAAAAUUAAAAACUGGUGCUAGUAAAUUAAUAAGCAGUGCAGCAAAAAUGUCCCUUCAAGCAAAGUAUGAAACAUUAGCUGUAACAGUACCACAUGAAUUUGUGUACCAUGUUGAACUCAACCGGCCAGAAAAGCUGAAUGCAAUGAGUAAAACAAUGUGGUUUGAAAUUGGAAAGUGUUUUGAAACCUUGGACAGUGAUGAAAACUGCAGAGUUGUUGUUUUAUCCGGGGCAGGAAAAGUAUUUACAGCUGGCUUGGACUUGAAAGAUGCAAUGGACAUGGCUCCUGAAUUAGCUGAACAAGAAGAUGUAGCUCGUAAAGCAAAAAUUGUAGUAGCUAAACUAAGGGGGUACCAGAAGUCACUUACUGCUAUAGAAUUGUGCAAGAAACCUGUUGUAGCUGCUGUUCACUCAGCUUGCAUUGGUGGUGGAGUGGAUCUUAUAGCAGCUACUGAUAUGAGGUAUUGUAGCAAAGAUGCCUGGUUUCAAGUGAAAGAAGUUGACAUUGGUAUGGCCGCUGAUGUAGGGACCCUACAAAGAUUGCCCAAAAUUAUUGGUUCUGAUAGUUGGGCCAGAGAAGUGUGUUACACAGCGCGUAAGGUACAAGCGCCUGAAGCUCUAAGUUCAGGACUAGUGUCUCGAGUUUUUGAAGAUAAAGAAAGUUUGAUCAAAGGUGCUAUUGAUAUUGCACAAGAUAUUGCCAAGAAGAGCCCUGUAGCAGUCCAAGGUACAAAAGUCAGUCUGGUUUAUGCUAGAGAUCAUUCGGUUCAAGAUGGAUUAAAUCAAAUUGCUGUUUGGAACCAACUCAUGCUGCAAAGUGAAGAUUUUACCAAUGCUGUUGUUGCUCAAGCCACUAAACAAAAAGAUGUUGUUUUUUCCAAGUUGUAAUUAAGAACUAAACGUCACAAAAUAUAAAACAUUUCAAAAACCA